UUUCACAAGUCUUUGCCUUUGGGCAGACAUCAUAUUGCUAGAAGAGUAAAAAUGAAGGCUGUUGUGGUAAUGCUUUCAAUAAACCUUGCACUUGCUGGUGUGAACAUACUACUUAAGGAGAUUCUUAAUGAAGGGAUCAGUCAGCUACUCAUUGUCGUUUAUCGACAAACGAUCUCCUCACUUUUCUUGUUGCCAAUUGCCUAUUUUUGGGAAAGGAAAACUAGACCUCAGCUUACAGCUUACACCUUAUUCCUCCUUUUCAUCAGUUCCUUACUUGGGUUAACACUAACAUUAUACCUAUUCCUAAUUGGUCUACACUUCACAUCUGCAACUUUCUCUUGUGCAUUUCUCAACCUAGUACCCGUAAACACGUUCGUUCUAGCAGUAUUGUUCCGUAUGGAGAAAGUGAACAUGAAAAGCAAGGGUGGAAUUGCCAAAGUGGUAGGGACUCUGGUGUGCAUUUCGGGGAACUUACUAUUGAUUCUUUACAAAGGAACACCACUAACGAGCCCUGGAUCGACAAACGGGAAAACAAACGGAGGUCGUGCAAUGGUUGAAGCUGAAACACAAGGAAAAUGGUUAAUAGGUUCAUUGGUUUUGACUGGAGGGUGUUUUAUGUGGUCAUCUUGGUUCCUUAUGCAAACAAGAGUUGGGAAGGUUUAUCCAUGUCAAUAUUCUAGUACUUGUAUUAUGUCAUUUUUCAGUGCCAUUCAAUCAGCUGUUUUGCACUUGAUUAUAGACAGGAAGAACUCAUUGUUCAUUGUGAAAGGGAAAUUUGCUAUCUUAAGUCUCAUAUAUGCUGGAUCAGUGGGAUCAGGGUUGUGUUAUGUGGGAAUGUCUUGGUGUGUAAAGCAAAAAGGGCCAGUUUUCACAGCUGCUUUUACCCCUUUUAUGGAAAUUUUUGCAGCCAUAUUUGAUUUCUUCAUCUUACAUGAACAGAUUCAUCUAGGAAGUGUGGUGGGGUCAGUGUUGAUCAUAAGUGGAAUGUACAUUCUUCUAUGGGGAAAAGACAAAGAAGCAAAGGAAUGUGUAGUGAAGCAAACUAUAUCAAUAGAAGAAGCCUAUCAUAAAUCAAACAUAUCAUCAACAAAUACAGAUGCAUUGGAACAAAUAUAAAUGCAUUUGGAUCUUUUUAAGGCAGCUUCUUAGUUUUAUAUUGGAUGAACCCAAAUAAAGAUAUAUUCUAGUUUACUAUGUUCAACUAAAUUUAUAAUAGAACACGUGAUUGGUGACUUAACUAGUUAAGAUAAUAUAAACAAUUAUGUAAGUUUAAAGGUUAAAUUUUUAUUAUUUGAGGUAGAAGUUAAUAAACCAAAUAAAAAUCAAAGUGGAUAAUAUAAACAAUUAUGUAA